AUGUCUCGGCCAAAUCGUCGUGCCGCUCGUCUGUCCGCGCAUUUAGUUCCUCGUCUUUGCAAAGACUCAUUUGGGGCCUGUGGCUGCAACUCUCCAAGGCAGCGUCAGCAAGGCAGCUUGGUUCCUCGUAUCUGCCGCAAUGAUCCAGCCACAGGAUACAGCUGGAGAGAUGUUCACGAUGAUCUUGAGGCUGGCGUAUACGCAGGAUGCUAUGGUUGGGACCAUGCUGCCUACUGGGGCAUCGCUGAGGCCAAGGCGGGCGUCGACUUGAAAGAAUGGUACAAGACACGAACAGAGGCCGAGUUCUACCUGCCAGAGUUCAAGGAACUGAUUGACGACCCCGCCACUCAUAAAGACUGGGAUCGAAUCUCGACCUUUGACCCUUUGGGCAUGACAGCACAUCCUCCGACCAUUGCAGCAUGCAAAGCCAAGCUGGAUAUCCCGGAGCUGAAGGACUUGCGGAUGGACGGCGAAAUCGUUUUGCCUUCGAACGAGAUCGUCACAUCAAAGUGUGCUAUCAGCUAUGCCUGGAACAUUCCGCUCAUGGCGGAAAGGGUGGGCCUAAGUGAGCAAGAGCUGCGGGAGGCGUUGCACAAGUUCUCCCACGACAGCCGGCUGCUGGACCCCAAGGUGAAGACCUACCUUCCAGCUGUCGGAGGGCUCACAAUCUACACUUUUGGUGAUGCACGGAAGCUCAAAGAUGAACGGACCGAAGUGUGCGUGCGUGUUCACGAUGAGUGCAUCGGCUCGGAUGUCUUCGGAAGCGAUAUUUGCAGCUGUCGGCCGUACCUGAUCUUUGCUUUGAGGGAGGCUGUGGAGUGUGCCCAGAGGGGCGGUGUCGGUGUGGUGGUUUACUUCAGGAAGGAGGGACGAAGCCUGGGCGAGGUCAUCAAGUUCCGAGUCUACAAUGCCCGAGUGAAUCAAGAGGGAGGGGAUCGGCCCGAGAUGUACUUCCACCACACCGAACAAAUUGCCGGCAUCCGAGAUGCCCGCUUCCAGACAAUGAUGCCAGAUGCCCUGAAUUGGAUGGGGAUCCGACGUAUCGAUCUUCUCUGUUCGAUGAGCAAUGAGAAGUACGAGGCAAUCACAGGCGCCGGCAUCCAGGUCAUGAAGAGAGUAGACCUUCCCGAAAACUACAUCAAAGACAGCAUGCGGGUCGAGCUUGAUGCCAAGAUUGCAAGUGGAUAUCAUUCUGACAAAGUGGAGGAGGAACAGGUUGCGGUCAGUAGCCCAAGAUGA